CCAGACUACUUGAUGAUUAUUAUUGUCAAGAUGAGAUUUUUUUUGAUCUUCUUUGUCCAUGCCUGCUUUUGAUUCCUUGCUUACAAUUUUAGGCAGUGUUUUAGUCUUUUCAAGAAGAGAUUUCUUGAUAUUGGCUGUUAGGUUUGUUGCUUCCAUCUUGUUUCUUGAAUCCUUCUAUUAUUCUGUCUCUUUCCGUUGGAUUUUGAACUGGAUUCUGGACCUUUUUCCUUUGUUUAUGAGUCCUUUUCUUUAGCUUUGCUUCCCAAUGUUGCUUGGUUCAAGUUUCCUUCAUUGGUAUUGGUCUUCUUGUUUUGGUAAGUCCUUGCUGGAAUUUGUGGAGGGGGAGGCUUAGUGGUGGUAGUUGUGUGUGAUGGACUGGUGGUAGAGGCCAUAAGUAGGAUUGAUAAAGAGAGGUGUGGGUGGGUGAGAGAAGAGAGUGACUGGAGAAGAGGGGAAACAAAGUAGAAGAAAAGAUAAUAAAAGAAGGCAAAAAGGAAGACAGGAACAGAGCAGCGGUAGAGUAGGAGAGGUGCUUUCAUGGAGUGGGAUUUGAAGAUGCCUCCUUGGGAUUUGGCAGAAUUAGAGCGUGGCACCGAACCCAGCAUUGGUUCAGCGGUGGGGUCUAGCGGCGACCCUGGAUGGCAGGCCAGCGGGCUGGAUUGCUCAAUUGAUUUGAAGCUUGGGGGCUUGGGGGAUUUCGGACAGUCAAAUAAGUGGAAAGACCAGCCCAGGAUGUCGACGACGGUGGUCUCCCCCUCCGGUCCAUCGAAGAGGCCUCGAGCAUCGAGCAAUGGCAGCCAGAGCGCUGCAUGCUCCGUUGAUGGUUGCAAAGCAGACUUAAGCAAGUGUAGAGAGUAUCACCGGCGACAUAAGGUCUGUGAGGUCCACUCCAAGACCCCAGUGGUGAUGGUAGGUGGGCAAGAGCAGCGUUUCUGCCAGCAGUGCAGCAGGUUUCAUUUGCUGGUGGAAUUUGAUGAGGUAAAACGAAGCUGUAGAAAACGGCUUGAUGGGCACAAUAGACGUCGAAGGAAACCUAAGCCAGAUGCCGCAAAUUCUGGCAGCUUGUUCACAAAUCACCAAGGCACCAGAUUCUCAUAUCCUCAUAUCUUUCCAACUGUUGCACCAGAGCCCAACUGGAUGGGGAUCAUCAAAACUGAGGAAAGUUCCCUUUAUCCGCACCGGCCCCUGCAUCUCAUCAACAGGCAACACCACUUCUCUGGCUCCUCCCACAGCUACAACAGAGAAAGAAGGCGGUUCCCUUUCUUGCAGGAUGGUGAGACAGUCCUCAGCAGCAGAACAACGCUCGAGACAGCUUCGGCGUGCCAGCCACUCCUUAAGACCAUUCCUUCUGAGAGCAGCAGCAGAAAGAUUUUCUCCAACAAUUUGACCCAAGUCCUCGACUCUGAUUGUGCUCUCUCUCUUCUGUCAUCUCCAACACAGAAUUCAGGCAUCAAUCUAAGCCAAGUUGUACCAUCACCUGAUCGGAUUCCCAUGGGUCAGCCUCUUGUUUCAAAUCUGCAUUAUGAUGGUCUUGCUCGGGAUACUCGCUCGCAGCUUUCCAACAGUAUUUCACCUGCUGGGUUCUCAUGCCCCGGAAUGGAGGAUGGACAUGUGGGUACUGUUUUGGUUUCUGAUGCUAAUGAUGCCAAGCUUCACUGCCAGAGUAUAUUUCAUGUUGAUGGAGAAGGUUCAAAUGGGACCUCCCAAACUCUCCCCUUCUCUUGGCACUAGUCAGAUACUGUUCUAGUGAGUCAAUGUGUUAACCGAGUUCUACAUUCCUUUGAUUGUUGAAACUAUUAGAUCUUACAAUGGUCAAAGGUGUUUUCUUCUCUUUUUCCCCCAUUUUAUUACUGAUGAUCUAGAUGGAUAAUUACCAUCAUUCUCCUAAUGCUAACCAAUGCUAGUAUUUCUGUAAUAAUUUGUCUUAUGCACCAAGAUCCUCAUGAUGUGCCUAUUUUAGUCUUAUUCUUAAUCUCUGUUAAAGUUACUUUGGAUGUACGGGGAUCAUAGAAGGUCAUCUGUGAGCUUUAGUCCUACAUCAAUUAUGUAACCCAAGAAUCGAGAAGGAAGAAUUAGUAUGCAUGAUUGAUGGUUUAAGCUUUUGGAUCAAAA